AUGGCGAUGACUGCAGAAUCUGACAGUACCUGUGCGCAGAGCAGCACUCGUGAAAAAAGCCUCGGCGCACUGGAUCGCAAUGGUUAUGUGAAAACAUGUGUCAUCCCACUGUGCCGUGACCGAGACUACGAGUCGUGGGUGAGGCUAAUGUUCACAAAAAUAUGGAGUUCCCAGAGACUCCGGAGUGCGGUGUGUGUGGGGUCGCUUUCGGUUUUUCUCGCUCUGUUGGUCAAAUGUGCAGACUGGAGAGCUGAAGCCAGCAGCAGCAGCAGCAGCAGCAGCGCUGACAACACACUCUCGCAUUCAUCGUCUCCCUUUCACUUCGUUACAGGCUGCGCGGCGGAGCUGUUACAAACUUGCUGGAGUGUGGUUUCGCCAUUGUUCACCCUCCUAUGUGCCUUCUUUUGGGUCGGUGUGUACUUAAUCCGCUGUGGGGUUCUAAUCCAGACCGCCCUAUCCCUCCUAACCGUGUGCCACCUGGGCGAAGCAGCGGCGUGGUCUCUCCUGGACGGGACAGAUGAGCAGCUGUUUUCAUUCACGACAGCGGCAGUGGUCGUGCUCGUAUGCGUGGCCACCGGCGCACUCAUGGUAGCACGGCUGAAUCAGGGCAUAUCUGUGAUCGUUUUCAUCAGCAUAAUCAGGACUAUUUCACUCUUCUCACUACACAAAGUCAGGGCCACUUGGAGACCGUACGUAGCGUACCUGGUUGGAGUGCUGGGCAUCCUGCUGGCGAGGUAUGCUGACAAGCUCCUUCCCAACCAAGGGAGACACAAGGAGGGCUGCACCCCCGUGACUGGAGCCAGGGAAGAGAUCCCUGUAUUUAAAAGGCGCAGGAGGUCCAGUUCUGUGAUAGCGUCAGACAUGGCACACAGUCAGUCCAACAGUAAGUCACAUCGCCGGACCUCUCUGCCAUGCAUCCAGAGGGACCAGAUGCUCCCCCGCUCAGAAUGGGACCACAAGAGAGGCUCCCGAGGAUCACAGUCAUCAGGCACCACUGUCAUGGUGGACAUAGCAGUGAUGGGAGAAGCUCAUGGACUAAUCACAGACCUGCUGGCUGACCCCUCCCUGCCCCCCAACACCUGCACCUCACUGCGGGCCGUCAGCAACCUCCUAACCACCCAGCUCACCUUCCAGCCGCUGCACCGGCCACGCCCUGCUCCCCUGCUUAACCCCGGCGAUGCCUACACCUGCUCCGACUCAGAGGAGGGACCUGAGAAAGGAGAGAAGACAUCCAUCCACAAGCGUGUGAGGCGGAGUCUCCACCCUGGUCUUCUGAGGAGGAUCUCUUCCACGUGGACCACCACCACCUCUGCCACAGGCCUGCCCACCAUCGAGCCCGGGCCUGUCCGAAGAGACCGCAGCGCCAGCAUCAAACCGUACCAUGAAACACUCACCUGCAGCUGUGGGAGACCAUACAUCAAACUGAGCCAUGGGGAGGGCUCUAUAGACAAGGGAGACAGGAUACCACGGUCAGCAGAGGACCAAGUGGUUGUGUCAUCAGACUAUGACAGCACCCACGAAGCCAACCACAGUGACAGCAGUGAUGUAGCACAUACAGAGGAGGACACAGAGGAAGGAAAAAACCCUGCCCAGAACGUCAUCCUCCACCCACUAAUACCUCCUGAGGACAAACCAAUUCUGGCUCCAGAGCCGUUAAUAAUGGAGGACGUGGAGCCUCUGAUGAGUCAGCUUAACAAUUGGAACUUCCCCAUCUUCUGCUUGAUGGAGAAGACCAAUGGGAAAUGUGGACGGAUCCUCAGUCAGGUCUCCUACAGGCUCUUUGAAGACACUGGCCUGUUUGAGACCUUUAAGAUCCCUGUAAAAGAAUUCAUGAACUACUUCCAUGCCCUUGAGAAUGGUUAUAGAGACAUACCAUAUCACAACAGGGUCCACGCCACAGAUGUGCUCCAUGCAGUCUGGUACCUCACCACACAGGCUGUGCCUGGUCUGCCCAGCCUCAUCACUGACCACGGCUCUGCCAGUGACUCAGACUCCGACAGUGGAAUAACACACAGUCAUAUGGGCUUCCUGGUUUCAAAGACCUACACUGUGUCAGAAGAUGGUUAUGGCUGCCUGUCAGGCCUCAUACCUGCUCUGGAGCUCAUGGCCCUCUAUGUGGCCGCCGCAAUGCACGACUACGAUCAUCCUGGGCGGACCAACGCUUUCCUUGUGGCCACCAGCGCCCCGCAGGCAGUGCUCUACAAUGAUCGAUCCGUCUUGGAAAACCACCACGCUGCCUCAGCCUGGAACCUCUUCAUGUCGCGGCCAGAGUUCAACUUCCUCGUCAACCUCGACCACGUGGAGUUCAAGCGCUUCCGUUUCCUGGUCAUUGAGGCCAUACUGGCCACUGAUCUGAAGAAACACUUUGACUUCCUAGCUGAGUUCAAUGCCAAGGUCGGUGACGAUCCAUCCACAGGCAUCGAUUGGUCCAACGAGAAUGACAGGUUGCUGGUGUGCCAGAUGUGUAUUAAACUGGCUGACAUCAAUGGGCCUCUGAAGUGCAAGGACCUGCAUCUGCAGUGGACAGAGGGCAUCGUCAACGAGUUCUAUGAGCAGGGCGAUGAGGAGUCCAGCCUGGGCCUUCCCAUCAGCCCCUUCAUGGACAGAGCAGCACCGCAGUUGGCCAAACUCCAGGAAUCGUUCAUCACACACAUCGUGGGGCCGCUGUGCAACUCCUAUGACUCAGCCGGCCUGAUACCUGGACGAUGGGUGGAGCCCAACCCAGAGGCAGAGGAGCCAGAGAUCACGGAGAAUGAGGACGAGGAUGAGGAAGAUACUGCAGAAGAGGACACAUCCACGAGCUCAGAGGCAUCACAGAAAGCAGCCCCCAAGAAGAGAAGGAAAGUGUUCUGUCAGAUCACCCAGCACCUGCUGGAGAACCACGAGAUGUGGAAGAAGGUGAUCGGAGAGGAGGCCCAGAAACAGGGCCAAGGAUCAGAGUCUGUCCAUUUAAACAAUGUAGCUGAGCCUAUUCUGGCUAUUCAUGAGGAAGACGAGGAGCCAGGCAGCAGAGAGGAGCUGGUAGAAGGAGAGGAUCCGGAGGAGGGAGUGGAGGAACCAGAGUGGCCUGUGUCCCCGCAGGAAGAAUCUAAACCUCCAGAGGAACUAGAGGAGGGGGACCCACAGUGAAAGAGCCCAUGGGAAAUAUGGCGUCAGUCAGGGCAAGGACGUGAAAAAGUAUUUCUUUGUUUCUUAUCCUAUCAACUGACUCCUUUUUUUGCCAGCACAUCACUUAGACACAACACUGUAGAUGUUUGGGAAAUGUGUGCCUAUACAGAAAAAAACAGGGUGGGAAAAUUUGUGCUUUACACAUUUUAUCUGAAUAUCUGGUUUCACCAAACAUUUAAAGGAGCUUUCCAUAUUGCAAUACGGGAUUAUUCGUGUACUUUGGGAUACAGACUCUUUUGCUACUGUCAAGAGAAGAGGAAGACUGGUUGCACAGACCUCAACCCAAUGUGGUAACACAGGACUGCAGAAAUUUGCUGCCAAUUUAUACAUAAUUAUUUUCAGAAUGCAAUUAUAUAUAGACAUCACAGUUACUUGUACUUGUGUUUCAAUUUAAGCAAGAGUUUCUGAGGUCACAUGGGCCAUAAUAUGUUUUUUUUUUCUAUAUAUGGAUUGUAAAGGGAGUCAAUCAAAUGAGGAACAUUGGUGUAUCUUUCUUCCUUUCAACUUCUGCCAAAAUUAAUCACUCACCCAUGGGCUUUAGCAUAAAAACACAAACCUUCAUGCAUUUUAAGUUUUGUAUUUGUUUUGCCAAAUUAAGUACUUUAUACCAAUCAGUGUAGCCAUAUUAGUUUAAGGAGGGGAACUUGAGGCUCUUCACACUCUGUAUGUGUGUGUGUGUGUGUGUGUGUGUGUG